CCGGUCAAAGUGGCCGUGUAGUGGUGGAGAGGAUCUCCUAUGCUCCCGGGACUCUAGCCGGGAAGGCGCCCCGCCCGUUGCCUCGCUUUCACCCCGCCCGGCGGGGCAGGGAAAGCCCCCGCGACUCCUCCCACCCAAGGGGCUUUUCUCCAGUCGCCAGUGACUUUGCUCCGGGAGCGCAGCCGCCUGGAGCUGCUUUCCGCCAGACUGGAGCGCGCGGGGCUCCUGCUUUUCUGCGAACGCAGGAGCAAGGGUCGGUGACCUCGGGGCGCACCCCGUGUCCGUGUCUUCUAAUUCGAGCCCCAGCCCCCGGCCCGCGCCUUGGCCUCCAGCAUGGUGCUGCUGGCUGGGCCCGGGCCGGAGGGCGGCGGGACACGCUGCAUGUCCCCGCAGUCGCCGACGCCACCCCGGAGCGUACAGACAGGGGACGACCCAGCGGACUACGAGGAGUACGAAGACUUCUCGAGUCUGCCGGACACCCGCAGCAUCGCAUCGGACGAUUCCUUCUACCCCCCGGGAGGCGAGGAAGAGUGCGGCUCGGAGUGCGCGGAGAACGUCCCGGAGGGCGUCCCUGAGGCGGCGACCCUCCUGCGCGCCGCCUGCGCCAACGACGUGGGGCUGCUGCGGGCGCUAGUGCGGCGCGGACCGAGUUCCGAGGAGGUACGGGAGACUGACCGCAACGGCCGGACUGGCCUUAUUGUUGCGUGCUACCAUGGCUUUGUGGAUACCGUGGUGGCUUUAGCAGAGUGUCCCCAUGUUGACGUCAACUGGCAGGACAGCGAAGGGAACACAGCCCUGAUCACUGCUGCGCAGGCAGGGCAUGCCACCAUCACCAACUACUUGCUGAAUUAUUUCCCUGGUCUGGACCUAGAAAGAAGGAACAUAUUCGGCUUCACGGCCCUCAUGAAAGCGGCCAUGCAGGGCAGAACGGAAUGUGUGCGAGCCCUGAUGCUGGCAGGGGCAGACGUUCAAGCAAGGGAUCCCCGUCGUGGGCUGUCACCACAGGAGUGGGCUGCAUUCACAGGCCGAGCGGAGGCUGUUCGCGUUAUGCAGAGGCUGAUGGAGCGACCCUGUCCAGAGCAGUUUGGGGACAAGUACAAGCUGGAAUUGCCACUUCCCGCUGAUGCGGUUUUGAAGAAGUCAGGUUCCAAAAACUGCUUGCAAAGAUUCACCGCGUUCCUGCGGUCCACUCUCACCUCCCGCUCCUCUGGCCAGAGCCUGGAAGAUGGAGGUGUCCUUGAUCACAUGGUCAGGAUGACCACGAGCCUCUACAGUCCCGCUGUUGCUGUAGUCUGUCAGACCGUGUGCCCCGAGAACCCUCCCUGUGUGGGGAAACGACGCUUGGCGGUGCAGGAAAUCCUAGCAACUAGGGGCAACCUGGAUGCCCAAGCGCGGGACAGCAACAAGGUAGAGGGCUCUGAGCCACAAUCCCAGAUUUUGGAGACUCCCAGAGCUAACUCCCAGUCUCACCAGUUGCCCGCGGCGUCGGAGUCCACUCCUGCCCCUGUCACUCGGAAGGCCAGCCUCCUGCCUUUGCAGUUGCUUCGGAGAAGCAGUGUGCGGCCGGGCGUGGUGGUCCCCAGAGUGCGCAUCAGCAAGGCACCUGCGCCCACCUUCCAGCCAGAGCGUGCAGCGUCCAAGGGCAACACCAAGGACAGCAUCUACCUGCAGAUCCCUAAGUGGCGGUACAAGGAGGUCAAGGAGGAGAAGAGGAAGGCAGAGGAGGCGGAGAAGAAGCGCCAGGCAGAGGCACAGAAAGAAAAGCGGGCGCCACGCUGGAGGAAAAGGACGUGAAGGGGCUAUGACUCUCAUGGCGCCUGUGCUGGGUGCGGGGAAGCAGCACGCGGGUUCUGCUUGGGAGGCUGCAGGCAGGCGCUGGAGACAGCACCACAGAGAGGGAUGCUCCUGUUGCCAUGGGUACAUGCUGAAUCACACAGCCUCCGGGUCAUUCACCUUUCCUAGAUCCACCAAGGACGGUCCACAUUGCUCCCAAGACAGAACUGGGAAAAGUACGGGUGGUUUUGUUUAAAACCAGUUCCCUGAACAGUCUAUACACUAAGAGGUCAGUUUACCUAGAAGUCACCCUUAAAGAACCCCAAUUAAGAAUUUUAAAAGCCCAGUUUAUCAAAGGGCAUUUUCGCAUAAUUUUGUAUCUAGUUAUUUAUGAAAAAUUGCAGCAUUUUACAAGUAUGGGCUCUUUAUAAUUAAGUCAGUUUUAAUACUCGUAUUUGUUUAAAAUGCUGUCUCUAGCAAUAAAUACUUGUAAUGACUGUGUGAAUUACACAGAAGGGAUUCUCCCCUUGCCAUUUGGUUCUGGCCUCUGCCUUCUAGUGUCCUAUGGCCACACCUGUACACUGGCUUUUCCUAUUAACUUGAGUAAUGCCAAAUGCCUGUUUUUACUUGAGAAAGGCACCGGCUUCUAUCCAAAGUGAUCAAGUGAGAUAUGAAGUCUUACUUCCUUUCAUUCUUUAAAACUCUUUUGUUCCUACCACCCCCAUACCCCCACUGCCAAUCAGUCACUUCAUCGAAACUGAUUAUGGCACAUUGCAGAAAUAAUAUGUUGCUAGGGGCGAACUCAUUUUAAGCAAGGGCCUUGGAUAGCUCCAUCUUCCAGGCGGCUUGAGGAAGACGAUCCUUUAAUUGGAGGCAGUUUUUAAUGGAUGAGUAGCAUAGACAAAGUCAUAUAUGCUUACAAACAGCACACGUGGAUCCUUAAAACUGUGGAAGACGCAGAGGGUAGGACAGUCAGAAUGCUGCCAACUGUCGAAGGGCAGCAUUUUGGAACAGGUGCAACACACUGGAUACUAGUUUGGGAAAGGUUCUCCCAGAGUGGGCUACACUCUGAUGGUCGCCACCUCCUUCAGAUUCAAGUCCAGAGAGUCCCUUGUGUGUUUUUCUACUGAGAGCUCGCCAUUGAUGACUGGUGCUUGGCUCAUGCCCACGCCAGCUUUAUAGAACUUCCAGUAUGUGGGGACUUUGGCAGGGCAGAGAUGGGAUUUAUCCUGGGUGCCAACACACCAGUGAGAGUUUCCUUUCUAUUUCCAAAGCACUGAGAAAUUCCAGCUGGGUCUUAGAGUAUCUGUUGCACACGCACUUUAUUUGAAUAUUUAAUGUAAAGACUUGGAAGCCACAGAGUCAGAAUAUUACAGGCUGAUUUGGAAGCGCUUUGCUGAGGUCUGUCUUA